AUGACGGAUAUCAUGCGCACGCCGACGUCGACGCCGACGUCGACGACGUCUCGGGAGCGCGAUUCUAUAUUUUCUUCGUCACCGCCGCUCUCUCGAGCGUCGGUCGGGAGCGCGUCGAGCGAGGAGGCGGCGGAAAUGCUGGCGGAUGCGAUUCGGGACGGGUUGCUGUUCGCCACGCCCAAGGCGACGAGCGGCGGACGAGGAUUGGUGAUGAAAACCCCGGGGAGCGUGAAGACGCCGAGGUAUGCGUACGGUGAGAGCGAUUGCGCGGUGUGUCAGAGCCCGUUGGAUCGAACGAGGCCGGAGGCGAGCGAUAAUCCAGAUAAAGUGGAACUCGUCACCGGGUUGACGUGCCGACACGUGUUUCAUCGAUGCUGUUUGGUGCAGUGCAGGGAACAUAAUAUUCAAAAGUGUCCGACGUGUCAAGCGCCGUUACCUAGAGGGUUCACGCCGGAGAACGUGCGCGAGGAGCGGGAGAAGCACAGGAUUCGCGAUCGAAUCAUCGCGCGCAGUCGACGGGCGACGGAUGCGAUUCGUUUGGCGCGAGCGCGAGCGAUCGCGAACGGUACGCUGAGCCCAGGAAUGGGUUCGAUGAGCGAUUCCGCGCGAACGCCUGGAACGCCCGGUAUGGUGUCGCUGAGUCAAGACACCGGUACGGACGCGUACGAUGCGGGUUUGCCUCCGCGAGCGCCGCGGUUCGCGGCGGAGCGAGAGGCGUCGUCGAGCUCUCGCGCGCACCCGUAUUCGCCUCUCACUCGUUCUCCCACGAGCGAGAGCGGCGGAGACGAUGAAUUCUUUAUCACUAUGACGCAGUGA